UACAGUAAAGACCAUCACAGUGGACCAGAGAGGUUCCCACACCAGUUACACUCUGAGACUUUCCUUAAAGCCUUCAUACAGGACUGCAGCAAGAUUUUAAAUCUUUAUUCAGGAUGGACAGAAAACCACAGGAUGAAACUGAGCAAAUCGAGGAAGAAGCUGACUAUCUUAAUGCAGCAGUACGCACUGUGGAUAAAAAGGAAGCCACAUCAGGUCAGAAGUUUCUCUCCUUCACUCAGUCUUUUCUACCAAUGGCAGCGUGUUGGGUGAUACUGUUAGUAAUCAUGUCCCUUCAUAUUUACUUUACCUCAGUCAUUUCUGAAAACAACGCCAAGCUGACUGCAGAAAACCAGAACUUGAAGACACAAAACCAGGAGCUGGAGACACAAAACCAGAACCUGACGACACAAAACCAGAACCUGAUGACACAAAACCAGAACCUGACGACACAAAACCAGAACCUGAUGACACAAAACCAGAACCUGACGACACAAAACCAGAACCUGACAACACAAAACAACCAACUUGAGACACAAAACAAAAACCAGGAGCUGUCGACACCAGGAUACAAGGAUUUUAGUAUAUUUAUUACAGCCAAUACCAAUACUAGUAAAUGGUAAAUGGUAAAUGGACCUGUACUUGUAUAGCGCCUUUAUAGUCUUUUGACCACUCACUGUCCCAAUCCAGUUUUUUUUGCCCCUGAGCCACAUUUAAUAUCUGCUGAUACUGAGUCCUGAUCCAAUACUUGUAUUUUCUUUAAUAAUAUAGGUGAAUGGCUCUGCAUUACUUUAAGAAAAGAAAUGCACUCAACCAAGCUGUUCCUUAAUGUUUUUUAUAUUUAAAAUAUUAAUAUAGUACAUUAUAUACAUAUAUUUUAUACUGAAUAACUAAUAAACAAAGUAGGCUAUGAAAUAGCUCUAUAUAAACUCUCUCUGUAAUAUUUUUUGAUCUUGUCGAUCUUGUCUUGUUGCUGUCUACAGGGAAUUUCU